GAGGGGAGUCCCGAACUGGCGGAUAGGUUUGAACGUAGUCAGCACUCGAAGGACCAACAACUCAGGCCCUACUGCGCUAGUGAAAAAAACGGUCGACGGAAUUCCCGCGAGUUGUAAAAGGAGCGGCGGACGAUGAUGUCCAUUGUCGCGAAAAUGAUUUUCGCAUUGUUUUUCGUUUUAUGGAUCGGUGGUGGCAGUGCCCAGACCCUCACGAAGGCAGAACUGAAAGUUAAGGAGGAUCCCGAUCUAUCAGAGUUCUAUGAGUUAUUGCAAAGAAGUCCUCUGGCCAAAGUUGCGCUGCAAUAUAAGCAAGUUACAAUUUUCGCACCUAUCAAUACUGCUUUCCAGAAAUAUGGGAAAGAGUUGGACGAGCCCAAUGAAAUUGUUCCAUAUCAUAUAGCAAACGUACCUAAGAAGACUGAUCAGCUGGGAACGUCGUACACUUCCCUGUUUUCCGAGUUAACCGGAAGUCCAAUUUUAUGGGUCACACACAUCACUGGUACUUACCAUGACGACAUAUAUAUCAACAAUGCGAAAAUGCUAAUCAGCAAGUCCAACAUACAGGUCAUGCAGGGUUCAAAUGAACAAGUGAUACAUAAAAUUGAUGAGAUUCUAAUUCCCACGAGAUCCGUGAAGAACGCCCCCAACAAGGUUUUCAAUCCCACUGCGUGGGAAUUCUUGGAGAGUUAUGAGUCGCUCAUAAUGGGAGACCAUCGUGUCAGGUCCUACAGACAAAGAGUUCAAGCAACCAAUAAGGAAGAUAUAUUCAAAACCGAAGGAGGUCAUACUUUCUUCAUUCCUGUUGAUGAAGGAUUCAAGGGAGACCGAGCUACUGCAAUCGAUGGAAAGGUCAUAGAUGGUCAUGUAAUUCCUAAGCAGGUGCUAUUCACGUCACCAACAAAGAAAGGAGUGCCAUUUCAAACUUUAGCAAACGGCGACAAUAAUAUUAGGGUAACAAUUUCAUUCACUCAAGAAGAAAGAGGCAAAAAAAUCAUUCAUUAUGUUAAGAGUCACACAAUACUCGGCGAUGGAACACACACUCAAGGUAUAGUUCUUGCUGAAAUUGUGAAGGCUAAUAUUCCUGUGAAGAAUGGAGUUGUUCAUCUCAUUCAGAAACCUUUGAUGAUAGUUGACAAUACUGUCAAAGAACUUUUAUUGGAGCAAAUGGAAUAUAUUUGCAACGUUGGUAAAGAAAACACAAUGGAAAAUCGUCCUACAAACGAAAACCAAUGGGGACUGUUAAGCGCUUUUGUGAACGCUAUUAAUGAAUCAAGUAUCGGUGACGAAUUCUUCUCUAGACUGAACCAAGCAGGUGGAAAGGUGACACUAUUUGCUCCAUGCAGUGAGGUAUGGCGUACAGACCAAUCCCUCAGGUAUAUCACAAGGGAUGCAAUGAAAUUCAGAGAAAUUUUGGAUUUACAUCUGGUAGUUGACAACACACUGUACGUUGAAAAGAUUCUGAAGGAUAUACAAAAAGGAAACUUCCGGACACCAACUCUCAACAAACGUCAUAGCCUUUACUUCAAUGUGAACACGAUAGAGAAUAAUAGAACGAUAACCGUAGAGGGAGGAGGUGUCAAUACAACUAUAUUACAAGCUGAUCUUGCUGCUACAAAUGGUGUUAUCCAUGUCAUCGAUAGAGUUCUUGGUAUACCCUACUCGACCAUGUUGGACAAACUGGAGAAUGAUCUGCAGCUUAACAUCACAUUCCAACUAGGAAAGCGACGUGGAUUCAACAAUUAUUUGAAUGAUACGAAAAAAAAAUUAACUUUCUUCGUUCCAAGAGAUUAUGCAUGGGAGAGAGCCAGUAUCGAUUUUCCAUCCACCACAAAAGUUCUCCUCAUGAAUGACUAUUCUUAUCAUUCACACAAUAUUCUGGAACGACAUCUAGUCGUAAGUAAUGAUGAAGCUUUCACAAUGGAAAGAAUCAAACAACUCAGCGACGAUAACAGUAAGCAGUCCAAGUUCAAAAAAGAAGUUGAGCUUAAGACAAUAAGAGGUGGAUCUCUACGAUUGUAUGUUGAGGAGAAAUAUGGAGACAGUCAAGGAAGUUAUUCACAAAAUGGUAAUCCAGAUAAACCGACUUAUACAAUACAUUGGAACGGAGAGAAGAUUCCAGUGUACCGUCCAGAUAUCGAAUGUACCAAUGGAGUGAUCCACAUCAUCGACAAGCCACUGCUCCAAGAGUCUGAUGUUCAUAUCAGUGGAACCUCCAUGUUGUGGAUCACUAGCAAUCUUUUACUGCUAGCUCUGACUGCAUGUUUGAUCAUCUAAGAGAAUGCAUUUGAUGUUGGAAUAAGUAUGGCAAGAGCUUAGGUUGGACAAUAUAAAAAUGGUGUGAAUCGUGAAUUUUUUCUUUAGUUUUUUUUAGAUUUUGUAUGAGUACCUAGAAUUUUGUUAUCGAUUUCAUUGCCUUGUAAAUAUCGAGAGUAUGUUUUGUUCACUGAAAAUCCUAUUUAUUGUGGAUAAGAAACGAAUAUGAAUACCAAGUAUUCAAUUUCUGCAUCCUUUAACGUUUAUUGUUUCAAUAUUUUGCCCAAUUUUCAUUUUAGUUACGUCAUUUUCAAUGACCAUGAAUGAAAAAUGAAGGAAUAUCACUCCUUCAACCCUUAUUCAUACAUUCCUGCUUUACCUGAUCUGAUGCCUUCUUGAAAUCUCUAUCAUCAGUUUUCAUUCAAAUUAUAUAUUACAAAGUUUAUUUUUGAAAUGAAUUAAAUUUGUUGAUAAGAUUCUAAUUGAAUAUUCGAAAAUGUGUACCUAAAAGAGUAGGGCCUAUAUUUUCAUCACUCUGGAGAAUUUCUCCCAAACAUAUAUAGGUACGAAUUUAUUCAGUUUUCAGUAAUAUUUUGAGAUAAUUUGAUUUUCAUCUUAAUCAUGCACUCUCAUAAAGCUUACGCUUGUUUUCCACUUGACUGAACUUGUAAUAUAUGUUUUCCCUAUAACCCCAUUUUUAGGUAGUUAUAGUAAGUGUAAACAUCAAAUUUUUUUCAAAUAUCAAAAUCAAUGAAGUUCUUUCAAUUCUGUCUAAGCUGAUGAAAGCAAAUAAUAAAUUCUGAAGCUGAAAAACAUAAAUUAAGAAUGUAAUAGAUAUAUGCAGUAUAUAUGUGUAAGUAAGAUUACCAAAGAUAAAUAAAUGUUCGUUUAUGUAAUAGUAUCUGGAAUUAGGAAUAAAAUGUAUGUUGACUUUCUAAAUGUAUAAGAGCUACUUUAUCCAGUUACGGUUACGAACCAGUCGAUGUUUGAUGCUUUAAAAAUUUAAUGAUGUGAAAAGAGAGAAUGUAUCAAUAUCCGCACUGCCAAGAAAAACAUGCAAUAUUGAAACCUCUAUUUUUGGGAUUUGCCAAUAAAAGCUGGAGGCAGUAUAUAUAGUUGAUAUAUUCAAGUGAAUGAAUACUUAUAAGAAUUUUCUGAUGCAUCUGUAAAGUUUGAACUAAUAUUUUAUAAUAUUAAUAUAUUUUGCACUUCACUUGAUUCAUUUUUGUAGUGAGCUAUUUGUAUUUGAUCCUGUUGUAUAUAUUUUUUCAAUAAAGCAUUCAGUGCU